AUGCGAAAUCCCGGGGCGGGCUCCCUUUUCCUACUGGAAUUCGCAUCUUUCUGCUUCCCGAGUCUGCGUCUCGCGCCUGUCAGCGUUGGGCUGGACGGAACCCUGAACCUUCCCCAUUCGAGGCUCGAGCAUUCCCAGAACCCUCCUUUGAGCGCAACCACAUGCGAUUCCAACAUCUCGGACUAUAUCGGUAGUGGAACCAGCAGUCCUGGGCUCGACCAGCGCCUGGCCGAGUUUGAUGCAUUGCGCAGCGGCAACGACCAGUACUUCGAGCACGACGACGACGACGACUACGACGACGACGAUAUGGACAACCGACCGCCCCUCCUUCGAAACCACCACUCCCGCUCGGGUCAGCCUCUUCUGAACUCCAAGGUCGAAGACGGCGACGAUGACGACCACCGCGGCAGGAGUUAUUCCACUCGCUCUCGAGGAGCCAGCCCCUUGCUGACCCCGAACCGCCCGACCUUCUCUCGCGGAUCGACCAUGCGAAACCACUCUCCCUCGACAGCCACGGCCAACGCUCGGAGGAAAUACAUCUACGCCGCCUUCUUCCUCGUCCUGAGUCUGUUCUCCUUCGUCAUCCAGACCGAGCUGUCUGCCUAUAUCCAGCAGGAGCUGCACUGGGACAAGGCAUACUGCAUGCUCUACUUGACCCACGGCUCCUGGGCGAUGCUCUGGCCGGUCCAGCUGCUGAUUCUGCGCAUCAACAAGCGCAAAACCCCGUGGCCCUCGUUCUGGCGCCGACACCGUGAGCUGGUGCACACCACCGCCAUCAUGGUUCAGAGACAGGAUCUCGACCUGUCGCGCGCUGGCGCGCACCCUCGCACCUCGCCGUGGAUCUACCUCGCCCGUACGACCGCCUUCAUUACAUGCUCCCUGACGGUCGCUGGCCUGAGUUGGUACGUCGCCGUCAACAUGACGACUCCCUCGGACCUGACGGCCAUCUACAACUGCUCUGCCUUCUUCGCCUACGUCUUCUCCGUCCCCUUGCUCAAAGAGCCUCUGCGCAUGGAUAAGUCUUUCGCCGUCCUCGUCGCCAUCGCCGGCGUCUUGAUUGUCGCAUACGGCGACAGCAGCCCUACCGACAACGACGCCGCUCACAAGCAAGCUGCCGGCGAGCGUCUGACGGGCAACCUGGUUAUUGGCGUCGGCUCUGUGCUCUAUGGACUGUACGAAGUGCUCUAUAAGCGUUACGCUUGCCCGCCCGACGGCUGCUCGCCAGGCCGCGGCAUGGUCUUCGCAAACACGUUUGGCUCCUGCAUCGGCGCCUUCACGCUUACCGUGCUAUGGAUCCCGUUGCCCAUUCUUCACUGGACCGGUAUUGAAGAGUUCGCUCUGCCGACGGGCUACACCGCUUGGAUGCUCUUCUUCAGUGUGGUUAUGAAUGCCACUUUUGCCGGCAGCUUCUUGGUUCUCAUCAGCUUGACGAGUCCUGUCCUGUCCAGCGUUGCCAGUCUGCUUACGAUCUUCAUCGUCGCCAUUACGGAUUGGCUGCGCACCGGCGAGCCUCUCAGUGCUGCAGCUCUUAUUGGCGGUGUCAUGAUCAUGAUCGCGUUCGGCAUGCUGAGCUGGAGCACUUGGCGCGAGAUGACAGAGGUCGAGGCGACCAAAGCAGUCGACCUCACCGACAGUGGUGAGGAUAGCGACAGGGAUGAGCGGAGGGAUUAG